CGGUCUUCACGAUUCAGAGCCAGCCUAGCUGCAGACAACGCAUCAUCCUGUUGCAACCCCUUUGCCACUGGUUGGGAAUCAAAGCUGGUCCGGUUCGUCCGAAGGGCAAUAUUUUGGUAUAAGAUAUAACCAAUACCAGCUCAGAUCGUGCUGCCUGUUCGUGCUGAGCCCACGCAAAAGAACCUCCAACCACCUGAGACACCCACGAUUGGUCAUCGCCAGUUGUAAUCUCUGAACGCGCCGAAAGGUACAUACGAGAAAAUGGAUCCAGCAAGAUUUUAUCACCAGGUUGAGCAGCGCGUGAUAGAGUUGCAAGACCAGAUCAGCCAGCUUGGCUCCAUUGCCACAGUGGGAGGCGAGCGCCUAGACGCCACGGAGGCCAUCCAGGCUGACAUUGCCAACCUCACGCGGCAGGUCGCAGAUGCCUCAGACAAGCUGCCUCCGUAUGACCAGAAACAUUAUGCAGAGGCGAUCAAACGCCUCACAGAGAUGUUGAAUGAGGAGCUCGCUCGCCUCCACCCGAAGCCCCGAUUCAAGUUCAAGCCACGCACGGCGUCUGCCAUCACGGCCGAUCCGAAGAACGAUCCUCGCCUGCUGCGCGGCACAAAUCCCAGCGGAUCCGAUGCGACUGUGACUGAAGACGUAGUAGGGGCGCUCCCCAAUGUUUCUGGGGGAAAGAGCUAUAACGACGAGAUAUCGCGAUCCGAAGGGACUAGCGGGAUCCGAAAGCCCAGCUUUUCAGCCGCGCGCACCGUCGACAUCCGCGACCACGAAGGAUUGCACAUAAUUCUGCCAUUAACGGCAGCCAAGGCUACGAGCUCUGGCAGCCUGCAGAACAUGCGGAACUGUGUCGUCGACAUGUCAGAGCCGGCAGUCGGGAAGGCGUCGUUCGCCAACCUGGUGAUCCGUGAUGUCGAUCACUGUCUGGUCGUCGCGGGCAAUGUCAACGGACCAGCACACAUCACGGGCGUGAGGGAUAGCGUCUUGGUUGUGUCGGCGCGGCAGGUGCGUAUACACGAGUGUCGCAACGUCCGUAUGUACCUGUAUUGCUCAAGUCGGCCGAUCAUCGAAGACUGCGAGGGGAUGAAGUUUGCCCCUGUCCCGACUUCUCACUUAUCGCAGGAUCAAGAUCCUACCAAAAAUCAAUGGGAUCAAGUUGACGACUUCAAGUGGCUUAAAGCGGAUCACUCUCCGAACUGGGCCAUCCUGCCCGAGGAGGAAAGACUGCCUGAAGACAUUUGGAAUGGCACCGUGAAAGGACGGCCAGGGUUGGGACCUAAGGAUAUUCUUAGAGAAACGGGAGUUUUGUUGGACUAAUUGUGUGUUUUGGGGUGGAAAAAGGGAUGGUGGCAGAAGCAGGAUACGUUUUUAUCCCUUGGUUACAAUCCUGGGAUGAAAACUGUGACCUGAUAUCGGCGGCCAUGCAAUGAUGGGAAAUCAAAAUGUCGAAGUCGUGCAUCGCAUUCAUUUGGUAGCGAUCCUGGGUAUAAAAUGCCGCCGUCCCGCAAGCGCCGUAUGGAUACACACCGUAGAAGCAAAAGUCGUUGCCCAUUCCAGAGAGCUCCUCGUCAUCAAUUUCACAUGUCCAUCUUGUCGCCACCCUCGUCGGCCGCGUCCAGCCCGUGCGCCCCAUCCACGCUCCUCAGCGCUGCCAGGACCUCCUGCUGCUGCCGAAUCGUCUCCUCGAGCAAGGCGAUGGUAUCGCGCUGCUCCUCGAUGGUCCUGGACAUGUCGGGAAGGGCCUUGACCUGCGCCCGCGCCCGCUGCAGCUUGUGCUUGACGGCGUCGGUCGCGUUGGGCACGUCCUUGAUGGAGAUGGUCGCGCCGCUGGGGCCGCCGAUGCCAAUGCCUGCCGCAGGGGUCGCGGCCGCCCCAGGCGUGUUUAUCGUGAUGCCGCCGGGGAGCGAUUGUGGCGGGCGCAGGCGCGACACUAUGGCCGCCAGCUCGGUCAGGGCGUCGAGAGUCUCCGGCGACAGCGUUGGGGGCAGCGCGAGGGGAUGUUGGGAUUGUUGUGCGGGCAUGAUUGUGGGGUUUUUUUUUUCUGUCUCUCUCUCUUUUUUUCUUAGUAUUACCUUCCCUUCUUCCCUCCUCGAGCCGGGAUGUGUUAUUCCUGCUGAUCCAACUUGAGGAGCGAAAUUGACAGAAUUGGAAGUCGCUUGUCUUCAAUUAAUGCAUCGCGCUUAAAGUUCUUUGAGUGGGAAUUUAAUCAUUAGAUUUAGAUGACUGACGUGCUAGCAGAUCGCGCCU